AUGGCUGGCAACCAGGCUACUCCGGAGCCGGAGCAGGGCGCCGUCCUGCAGACCCAUGGGAACCAAGGGCUGCAGGAGCAGACUGCAGGCAACCCUGCUGCCGACCAGAGUGCGAACGCCCAGAGUGCCCACCAGAGUGCCAACCAGAGUGCCAACCAGAGUGCCAAGCAGAGUGCCAACCAGACUGCGAACGACCAGAGUGCCCAGAGUGCCAACCCUGCAGACCAGACUGCCCAGAGUGCCAACCCUGCAGAGCAGCAGCUUGCAUUGCCGCGAGGCCAGCCGCUUGGCAACCAGGUUGUCGUGGCAGAGCCCGACGAGCCGGCAGUCGCUUGCUGCACCUGCCGCAAGCCGAUCACGGUGCAGAACUCGCUUGUCAUCGCAAGGGCGACUGGCAAGCAGCCAGAGUUCCGGCGCUGCAGAUCGUGCCACAACACCAAAGCUGCAAUCAGCAGGCUGAAGGCCAACGCUGGCAACUUGGUGUCCGACUUCGCCCUUGCCACGACGGACAAGGACAAGUGCGAGGCGUUUUUUUCCAAGCACAACGAGCUGAGGGGGAGCCAGCUCAGGGCGGCCUUGGAGGAGACCGUGUCUGACUUCAAGAAGGCAACGACGACCCACGCGUGGAGCGGCACGGGGACGUACUUCGACAAGGAGGACUUGACGAAGAAGUACGAGCACAAGCCGCAGGUGCUGCAGAACAUCUUACGCAACACCAACACGUACUGGUGUGCGGUGCGGCAGGAGACCAUGUACGAGGACAUCGCCUACCAGAGGAAGUCCACGGACGAGCUGCAGUACCAGACCGAGACCAGGCGUCGCGCAAAGGUGCCUUUGCAGGCACCAGAAGGGGAGGCCAACGAGGAGCCCCACUCCAAGCCCAGCGCGGGAAGCAAGCGCAAGGGCAAAAGCCAGCAGGAGGAGGAGAAGCCGGCGAAGAAGCUGAAAGCUGGCGAGAAGAAGAAGCUUCUCAAGAAGACGGAGGCACUGCGAAGCAAGUACUUCGAGUGCCUCGACUACAUCGAGAAGUCGAAGAAGCUGCAGGAGAUGAUCCCGGCCUACGUUGUGCAGGCGACCCAAAAGGUCGUGGAUGAGACCUGCAGCAUCAAGGACAAGUUCGAGAAGAUUUGCAAAGAGGGGGCCGGGGACUAUGACGACGAUGAUAUCGACGAGGCCGCGGAGAAGCUUCAGACGGUUGCCCAGCGGAUGAAGACCCAGAUCGAGCAGGCCGAGAACUUCAAGAAGGAGGCCUGA